UCUGUUUACAAGCCUGCGUGAUCCUUCACUAUUUUAAUGUCAACCUGCUCCUUCUUCCUCGGCAGACAGGAGAGACAGUCAGAAGAGAACGGCACCGCAGCGCUCAUAGAGGACACGGACAUCGAGUUGCUCUCUACAGAAACUACCCUUCGCAUGGCCAGGCGGCCAAGACACAGUGUGUAUAGUAGUGAAGAAGAUGAGGAGGAUAUUGAGAUGUAUGAACACGACUACGAUGGACCGCUGGCCAAGGAAGCAAAACGCCAUCAAGGGAAAACACGCUGGACAAGAGAAGAGGAUGAGAAGUUGAAGAAGCUGGUAGAACAUCAUGGGUCCUCGGACUGGAAACUCAUCGCCAGCUUCCUACCUAACCGUACAGAUAUGCAGUGUCAGCACCGCUGGCAGAAGGUUCUCAACCCUGAACUCAUCAAAGGACCCUGGACCAAGGAGGAGGACCAGAGAGUGAUUGAACUAGUCCAGAAGUAUGGAGCCAAGCGUUGGUCCGUAAUCGCCAAGCAUCUGAAGGGUCGGAUAGGGAAGCAAUGCAGAGAGCGCUGGCACAACCACCUGAACCCUGAGGUGAAGAAGACUUCCUGGACCGAGGAAGAGGAUCAGAUCAUCUACCAGGCCCACGAGAAACUGGGCAACCGCUGGGCCGAGAUCGCUAAACUGCUGCCUGGAAGAACUGAUAAUGCCAUUAAGAACCAUUGGAACUCUACGAUGCGUAGGAAGGUGGAGCAGGAGGGUUACCUUCAGCACUCCUCCCACUCCAUCGCCCCCGGUUACGCCAAGGCCAACCACCACAACGUGGGCUUCCAUCACCACUCCCCUCUCCCUCCCCUCUCCCUCCUCACGGGCACCUACCCUUAUAUUCCGGACCAUAGGGUUCCCUUUCCCCUAGCGCUGCACGUCAACAUCUUGAACAUUCCACAGCACGGAACAGCUGCUAUACAGAGACAUUAUAGUGAGGAGGACCCAGAGAAGGAGAAGAGGGUGAAGGAGAUUGAGCUGCUGCUGAUGUCAACAGAAAAUGAGCUGAGGGGACAGCCUGCACUACCUAUCAUUCCUUUCUCCAGCUGGGGGGGUCGUACCAGUUCAGAGAGCCGAGGUCAUCACUACCAGGCCACCGCUCCAUGCCUCUCUAUAGAGAGCACCUCACACAGCGGCAGCAACAACAAUAACAACAACAGCAACAACAACAACAACAGCAACAGUCACCAUGACAUCCACGCCUUCUCCAACCUCCCGGAGUUCAUGGAGUCAGUCAUCGACUCACUUUUCAACCAAUCAGACAGCCACAGCUUACCAAUGAGCUCCCAGAAACCCCUGGUGGCCACAGCUCCACCUCGACCGCAGAAAGAGAACGGCAUGUUCAGGACUCCUACUAUCCGUCGUUCCCUCCUGGAGUUAUCUCCUCAUUCUCUGACCCCGUUCAGGUCUUCCAUGGUAGAGUGUAUAAAACAGGAACCUAUGGAGUGUGUUGUCUCAGUCGGGGGCCAACAGCCAACCGGGGUCUCCCCAGACCAACAGCCAUCCUUAAAGAACAUCAAACAAGAGGUGGAGUCUCCCUAUCUGCAGUGGGAAGGACCAGACACCCACACCCAGCUAUUCUCCCCCUCCGGCCCCGCACAGGAAGUACCUGAUCUGCUGACUACUUCUGCACUGAAUGAAGACGGACACAAACCCUACCACCUCCCCCGUCGGUCUCUGGGCAGCCCACUACAGCAGCUCAACACUUGGGACCAAGUGGCUUGUGGGAAGGUGGAGGACCAAGUGGCUUGUGGGAAGGUGGAGGACAAGGUCUUGGCUUUAGAGCAUAAAUACAUCACUUCUUACUCUGCUAGGACCUUGGUCAUGUAAUAUAUACACACACAGACAGACAGACAGACAGACAGACAGACAGACAGACAGACAGACAGACAGACAGACAGACAGACAGACAGACAGACAGACAGACAGACAGACAGACAGACAGACAGACAGACAGACAGACAGACAGACAGACAGACAGACAGACAGACAGACAGACAGACAGACAGACAGACAGACAGACAGACAGACAGACAGACAGACAGACAGACAGACAGACAGACAGACAGACAGACAGACAGACAGACAGACAGACAGACAGACAGACAGACAGACUCAUUGGAUUCAAAGACCAAAGACAUUAAUUAGUUUAUUUCUAUUUCUAUUAUUUUGUAUUCAUGGGUUGUUUUGUCACCAUAUUGUUUUGACCUUCUGAUCUGACGCCUGACUGAGCGUUCUACUCAAUACAUCGUCAAUGGUGAAGAUUGAAUCAAAAGUGUAUUACAGUCGGCUUGGAAGUACAAGGACAUUCAAAAGGAGGCAUUACAUUAGUAGGAAAACCUUUUGUCAUCAUUUUGACGUCGCCAGAUUGACUUUAGAUGCAGUAUAACGUUAGCUAGCUAGCUAAGAUUGAUGGCAGGCCACCAGAUUGACUUUAGAUGCAGUAUAACGUUAGCUAGCUAGCUAAGAUUGAUGGCAGGCCACCAGAUUGACUUUAGAUGCAGUAUAACGUUAGCUAGCUAGCUAAGAUUGAUGGCAGGCCACCGGAUUGACUUUAGAUGCAGUAUAACGUUAGCUAGCUAGCUAAGAUUGAUGGCAGGCCACCGGAUUGACUUUAGAUGCAGUAUAACGUUAGCUAGCUAGCUAAGAUUGAUGGCAGGCCACCGGAUUUUAGCUAGCUAACGUUAGAAUUUGCUAGCUUUUUUUUAUUUUUACAAACUUUGCUAACUAAGUAAAUUUGAUGACAUGAUAAUGCUGACAAAGUUGUUUUUUCCUACUAAAUAUUUGACUACUUUUAGCAUAGUCAUCGUAUUUCCAGGCGCUAUAGUGUCAUUUAGACGAAACAGUAAUUAGCCUCCGCCCAGAAAGACUGGGCUUAUCACCACUGUAGGGCACCACUAUGGCGCCGCCGACUGAGGGCGGCUUGAGAACGUUCAUAACAAUGACACGACGCGACCGAGUGACGGAGGUGCAACCUAUGAAUGGUUUUGUUAUUAAUGUGGAUCCUGUGGGUAGUUUGUGGUAUUGAAUGUUGUAUUAUAAAGCAGGGAGAAAAAUGAUGUGCCUAUAAAUGAAUAAUAAUGGGGCUGUGUUUUUAAUAAUUUUGUUUUUUUUUCAAAGGUUUUAAUAUUUGAAUAUAAAAAAUUUGAUUUAAUUUAUUUGCUUUAUUUUCGACAAAGACGUUUUUUUGUGUGUUUUUUUUGGGCCUAUCGAGUGACAGUGUUUAAAACCCCUGACCCCUGACCCCUGACCCUAGCAUUAUUACAGGUUAAAACCAAAGUAAAUAUGAUUCAACGAUAGCUACUAUUCCACUUGUCGAGAGACCUUUACAAAGCCAUAUCAUAAUGAGUGUCUAUGAUACCUGUUAACUUGUUGAGAGACCUUUACAAAGCCAUAUCAUAAUGAGUGUCUAUGAUACCUGUUAACUUGUUGAGAGACCUUUACAAAGCCAUAUCAUAAUGAGUGUCUAUGAUACCUGUUAACUUGUUGAGAGACCUUUACAAAGCCAUAUCAUAAUGAGUGUCUAUGAUACCUGUUAACUUGUUGAGAGACCUUUACAAAGCCAUAUCAUAAUGAGUGUCUAUGAUACCUGUUAACUUGUCGAGAGACCUUUACAAAGCCAUAUCAUAAUGAGUGUCCAUGAUACCUGUUAACUUGUUGAGAGACCUUUACAAAGCCAUAUCAUAAUGAGUGUCUAUGAUACCUGUUAACUUGUUGAGAGACCUUUACAAAGCCAUAUCAUAAUGAGUGUCUAUGAUACCUGUUAACUUGUCGAGAGACCUUUACAAAGCCAUAUCAUAAUGAGUGUCUAUGAUACCUGUUAACUUGUCGAGAGACCUUUACAAAGCCAUAUCAUAAUGAGUGUCCAUGAUACCUGUUAACUUGUCGAGAGACCUUUACAAAGCCAUAUCAUAAUGAGUGUCUAUGAUACCUGUUAACUUGUUGAGAGACCUUUACAAAGCCAUAUCAUAAUGAGUGUCUAUGAUACCUGUUAACUUGUCGAGAGACCUUUACAAAGCCAUAUCAUAAUGAGUGUCUAUGAUACCUGUUAACUUGUCGAGAGACCUUUACAAAGCCAUAUCAUAAUGAGUGUCCAUGAUACCUGUUAACUUGUCGAGAGACCUUUACAAAGCCAUAUCAUAAUGAGUGUCUAUGAUACCUGUUAACUUGUCGAGAGACCUUUACAAAGCCAUAUCAUAAUGAGUGUCCAUGAUACCUGUUAACUUGUCGAGAGACCUUUACAAAGCCAUAUCAUAAUGAGUGUCCAUGAUACCUGUUAACUUGUUGAGAGACCUUUACAAAGCCAUAUCAUAAUGAGUGUCCAUGAUACCUGUUAACUUGUUGAGAGACCUUUACAAAGCCAUAUCAUAAUGAGUGUCUAUGAUACCUGUUAACUUGUUGAGAGACCUUUACAAAGCCAUAUCAUAAUGAGUGUCUAUGAUACCUGUUAACUUGUUGAGAGACCUUUACAAAGCCAUAUCAUAAUGAGUGUCUAUGAUACCUGUUAACUUGUCGAGAGACCUUUACAAAGCCAUAUCAUAAUUAUAUGAGUGUCUAUGAUACCUGUUAACUUGUUGAGAGACCUUUACAAAGCCAUAUCAUAAUGAGUGUCUAUGAUACCUGUUAACUUGUUGAGAGACCUUUACAAAGCCAUAUCAUAAUGAGUGUCUAUGAUACCUGUUAACUUGUUGAGAGACCUUUACAAAGCCAUAUCAUAAUGAGUGUCUAUGAUACCUGUUAACUUGUUGAGAGACCUUUACAAAGCCAUAUCAUAAUGAGUGUCUAUGAUACCUGUUAACUUGUUGAGAGACCUUUACAAAGCCAUAUCAUAAUGAGUGUCUAUGAUACCUGUUAACUUGUUGAGAGACCUUUACAAAGCCAUAUCAUAAUGAGUGUCUAUGAUACCUGUUAACUUGUUGAGAGACCUUUACAAAGCCAUAUCAUAAUGAGUGUCUAUGAUACCUGUUAACUUGUUGAGAGACCUUUACAAAGCCAUAUCAUAAUGAGUGUCUAUGAUACCUGUUAACUUGUUGAGAGACCUUUACAAAGCCAUAUCAUAAUGAGUGUCUAUGAUACCUGUUAACUUGUUGAGAGACCUUUACAAAGCCAUAUCAUAAUGAGUGUCUAUGAUACCUGUUAACUUGUCGAGAGACCUUUACAAAUCCAUAUCAUAAUUAUAUGAGUGUCCAUGAUACCUGCCUUAACGUACGUUUCACUGCUAGACAUUAAGAAGUCUAAUGUCAGCUCUUAUGUCAACCUUAUGAAUGGUUAUGAAUGAUCAUAUGAUGCUUAUGUGACAAUUGGGCCAGUCAAUUUAAAGUGUUACCUAACUAAACCAAGCUGGAAACAAACAUCCCAAAUGGCUCCCUGUUCCCUUAAUGUAUUUGACCAGGAAGAAGGGCCAUUUCAGGCCCUCGCUUUUUAUAUACCCUGUAUGACCUAUAUUUGAUUGUUUCCUGUCUUGAUACCGUGUCAUAGUGGAAACAUUUCCGUUGAGCAAACUAUAUUAAUAUUAUUGUUGUUUUAUAUACUUUUUGAUAAAACCCCUAAAGUCUUACACUGAGUUUACUGCUGAGUUCUCAAAGCAUCAACCUAUGACCCAAUCCCAAACUGAGCCCUAGACCCUACGUCCUGUGAUCGUCCCCUAGACCCUACGUCCUGUGAUCGUCCCCUAGACCCUACGCCCUGUGAUCGUCCCCUAGACCCUACGUCAUGUGAUCGUCCCCUAGACCUUAUGACCUAUGCUCGUCCCCUAGACCCUAUGCCCUGUGAUCGUCCCCUAGACCCUACGUCCUGUGAUCGUCCCCUAGACCCUACGUCCUGUGAUCGUCCCCUAGACCCUACGCCCUGUGAUCGUCCCCUAGACCCUACGUCAUGUGAUCGUCCCCUAGACCUUAUGACCUAUGCUCGUCCCCUAGACCCUAUGCCCUGUGAUCGUCCCCUAGACCCUACGUCCUGUGAUCGUCCCCUAGACCCUAUGCCCUGUGAUCGUCCCCUAGACCCUAUGACCUAUGAUCGUCCCCUAGACCCUACGUCCUGUGAUCGUCCCCUAGACCCUACGUCCUGUGAUCGUCCCCUAGACCCUACGUCCUGUGAUCGUCCCCUAGACCCUACGUCCUGUGAUCGUCCCCUAGACCCUACGUCCUGUGAUCGUCCCCUAGACCCUACGUCCUGUGAUCGUCCCCUAGACUCUACGUCCUGUGAUCGUCCCCUAGACCCUAUGACCUAUGCAGCUCUGAGAUGAUUUCACAGGUGUAAGCAAUAUGUGACUAACCGGCUCAAUUCAGUUAAAAUUACGUUGUUUUUUUUACAUUGGAUUAAAGUAGAGAUUCAGAGCUACAACAUGGUAGAUCAUACACUGUACUAUACGGUACUAUACUAUACAGUACUAUACUACACUAUACUAUACUAUACUGUGCUGUUGGGGAACAAUGGGAAAGUUAUUCUGUUUUGAAAGUUGAUAAACUUGUAAACUCACUUUUUGAGAAAAUGGCCUUUGAAUGUUUUGGUACCUACAGGAGAGCUCCUCUUUGUCUACACCCAUUCAGCAUCGUUCACACCCUCUUAAGCUUUAGCCCCACCCAUCUCUUUAAUGGUUGAGCCGAGCGUUCUGUACUAACAACAUCAGUCAGGCACCCAAGCUAAAUGGCUAGCUACUUCCUAGCUACUUCCUGCCACAAAAUAACAACUCACUGAACAUUACUUGCCUUAGCAGAGCUGGUUAGGCUGCUAUGUUAUCCAGAGCGUUGGUGACUGAUUGUCCGUUCGUAAAUUCAGAGUGUUUCGGUCUUGGAGCGUUCAGAGCGCACAUUGCUCGCUCUGGUUGAUCUGAACAUUCUGACCUUACAACUACAGUCAAGGACCCAAGCUAAAUGUCUAACGUUGGCUAGCUUGCUAGUUACUUCCAGACGCAUAAUGAGAGAACAUCUCACUCUGACCAUUUUACUCUCCCUAGCAGAGCUGGAUGGGCUGUUUUCAUGUUAUCCAUGUUAUGGUGACUGUAACUGUGCUGCUGGCAACAAUGACAUUUUUUUGCUGACGUUUAUUGACACCGGCCGUAUUCAACGGGUGUUGAGCAACAGUAAAUUCAUCAGCCCUCUGGCACACUCAGAUGAGAGUCUUUUGUUAAGACAUGUAGCUAGCUAACUAGGUAAACAAUGAACCAUAAUCCCAACGUGAUGUUACUCGUGACAUUACUACCCUGCAUGAAUCUGCAGGUAGCUAACCAACCAGGUUCAAUGUUAUCUAGCUAACAUUAGGCUAUAACUAGCAAAGUUACAAAUAAUGAGAUCAUACACAUAAUGUUAGCUAGCUAACAGUACAUUUUAACUUGAUAUUAGGCUUAUGCAGUUUAACUACGUGAUAUAUAUAUUUUUUAAGCCCAGUUAGACAGGAUUACCUAGACAUACUGACCAGCUCAAAAAGAUAGAAGCGUGCUAUAUGGCAGACCAAUCCGAACUCAUAUCUCUGCAUGUCCAGCCCACUCAUUAUCUCAGCCAAUCAUGGCUAGUGGGAAGGUUGCUGACUUUUUCUGUGGCUAAAUCAACUAGGUUCAUAAUUUAACAAUUUUAUUCAUAUUUAUAGAUGCCAUACAAGUUUGUUAUUAAGGCACAUGAAAGUUCACAUGUUCCAGAAGACAUUUCUGCCAAUAAAUAUGCAUGUAAAAUAUGCUCAAAGGGCUCUGGUGUGUAGUAGUGGCCUACAACAUACAUCUAGUGUCCUGAAACUGGUCACAUAUGGUAAUGGUUAGUUGAUUAGACCCAACAAAUCAUCUCAGAUCUCAGAUCUCCGAAAGAGAGGGGCUAUGGCUCCAUUUGGGAUUGGGCCUACGAGCUGAACCCAGUAAAAUGUUUUAAAGCUGCACUUGAAUGACAGAGCUUUUUUACUCUGUGAACACUGUUAUUAUUAUAAUUAUUAUGAAUAUUAUUACUACAAACUUGGGUCCAAAGUAUCUCAAUGUUUGGUAAACAUGUCUUUAAAAAUAUUUCUUUUCAUAUUUGUUGGUUAGUUUUUUUAAACACCAUGUUUGAUACUAAGACUGCAGUAGCCAAUCAGCAUGUUUGAUACUAAGACUGCAGUAGCCAAUCAGCAUGUUUGAUACUAAGACUGCAGUAGCCAAUCAGCAUGUUUGAUACUAAGACUGCAGUAGCCAAUCAGCAUGUUUGAUACUAAGACGGUAUUAGCCAAUCAGCAUGUUUGAUACUAAGACUGUAUUAGCCAAUCAGCAUGUUUGAUACUAAGACUGCAGUAGCCAAUCAGCAUGUUUUAUACUAAGACUGCAGUAGCCAAUCAGCAUGUUUGAUACUAAGACUGUAUUAGCCAAUCAGCAUGUUUGAUACUAAGACGGUAUUAGCCAAUCAGCAUGUUUGAUACUAAGACUGCAGUAGCCAAUCAGCAUGUUUGAUACUAAGACUGUAUUAGCCAAUCAGCAUGUUUGAUACUAAGACUGCAGUAGCCAAUCAGCAUGUUUGAUACUAAGACUGUAUUAGCCAAUCAGCAUGUUUGAUACUAAGACUGCAGUAGCCAAUCAGCAUGUUUGAUACUAAGACUGCAGUAGCCAAUCAGCAUGUUUGAUACUAAGACUGCAGUAGCCAAUCAGCAUGUUUGAUACUAAGACUGUAUUAGCCAAUCAGCAUGUUUGAUACUAAGACUGUAUUAGCCAAUCAGCAUGUUUGAUACUAAGACUGUAUUAGCCAAUCAGCAUGUUUGAUACUAAGACUGCAGUAGCCAAUCAGCAUGUUUGAUACUAACAGGAGGAAAUCAUUUUGAUAUUUGAUGCCUUUCUUUUUAGGACAAAUACAUUUAUAAAAGCAUUUUAAAAGGCCCUGUUUUGAUACAUUUUUUAAAAUACUUUUGUAUACUGCCUAGUCAAUAAAGUGUGUAUUUUUUAAACGAU